GUGGAGUCAGUAUUGUCUGAAAAUCUGAAGACCAUCGCCCCUACUAAUGCUAAGAAGGCCCAAAUUCGUUUGAAUAUGGGUUAUCGUAUGCCACGGUAUGGAUACUUGAAGUCCUUCUGGUUACUGCCUCCUCAGUGGCAGAAGGAGAGACCUGCUGACUUACCUAUUGGUUCUGAUGAUUUGGCUAUUAAUGAAGCUCAAUUAGAGUUUGUUAAGCACCGAGUGACUCAGGCCUCUGAGAAGCUGGUGAGCCAGAUCAAGAAGCUCCAAGGAGGGCCUUAUCAGGGUGCAAGUGAUUCGAGAUCUUGGCAUGAAGUACAACGCGAGAUUGUAGACAAUUUGAAUCGCUCCUCUUUGACAAUUGCGAGGAUUCAUUUGUUGUAUCUCACUGAUUGUGUGAGCCCUAUUAUUAGCCAGAGAAUUAGGAGAAGACUGGGUACUGACUCUUGGUUUGACGCUAACCCUGUGGAUCUCUUGCUGGCUAUGUGGAAUAUUCUGGACGAGUUGUUUCGUUCAGAGUCUACACCUGAAACUCAAUGUGAUAAGAUGCAGAAUGUGAAGAAGUCCACUAAUGAGACUCUACCGCAAUUUAUGUACAAGCUCCAGAACUUGUUUACUGGUGUCGAGAUUGAGACUGGUCAAGAACUGGUUGAUAGUACUAAGUUGACUCGUCUUCGUGGUGCGUUGCCUAAAGUGGACGUUCAGUUCCUAAGGGAGAAAUUCCCUACUAACCUAACUUAUGAUCAGUUGGUUACGAGAGUUAAUGAGUAUUUCUCUAGUGCCAUGGAUCGUGAGUGUUAUGAGAGGUUUGUUAAACAGUAUAGGAUGUUGAACGCCCCCGAGAAAGUUGAUGGCUAUGCUCACAACGACUUGAAGACGGUGGAUACUGUGGUGGACGCUAUGGAAGAAGCGCCUUCCGUUCAGGAGGGCAAAUCUUCCAAGCGUGGAAAGAAGCCCAAGAAAGCUACCAAGAAUGUCGUGGCCAAUGAAGCGACGGCUAAUUUUGGUGGCUCU